AUGUCUCUACUCACCAAUUACGAGGGGCUCCGGCAUCAGAUAGAGAGGCUGGUGCGGGAAAACGAGGAGCUAAAGAAGCUGGUGCGGCUCAUUCGGGAGAACCACGAACUCAAGGCAGCCAUCAAGACUCAGGCGGGCGACCUCGGCAUCACCGCGCUCAGCAGCGGGCUCGGCGAGGUGGUGGCAGGCUCUCCCCCAUGCCAGGGUAACCGUGUCUUCCUGCCCCCGUCCCCAGCAGCAGCCAACGAACCGGCCCUGGAAGAAGUGGGGAUUGUGGCUCUGACGCCCCUGGCUGACAUGCUAAGCAGCCCGCAGCCCAGCCCUGCACUGGGCUCCGUCGUGAGCCCCCUGACAGGCCCUCUCAACUCGCCGCUGUCAGGCCCAGAGCCUGGGACACAGAGCAGCCCACUCACCAGCCCCCUGACUGGGCCCCUGAGCAGCCACCUGUCCCUCGCGGGGGUGCCUCCUGGGGCCACACUGUCCAGCUCCCUGGGCCUGCCCUCCACCGGCCCCCUGACUCCAAGCAGCCCCCUGGCAGGCCCCCCCGCUGUGUCUCAGACUGGCCCCCUGCUCACCUCCACGGCUGCCCCUCUAGGUGUUUCUCAGAAUGUUCUGGCCAAUCCCAUGAGCAACCCGGUGCUGUCGGAGGCCCCGAGGGUGCGGCUGGCAGAGCCGCUCCACACAUGCCGCAUGGGGCCCCAUUCCUCAGCCGUUGUGGGGCCUGCUGCCACUUGCAAAGUCCCACUCUCCACUGAGCUCUCCCGGCCAGCCCAGGACCCAGAGCCCCUCAGCAUGACGUUCAUGGGUGCGCCUCUGCAGACCUCCACCCCCCUGGGCACCACGGGCAUGCCCGGUCCCACAACAGCCUUCUUCAACACUUCGGAUGCCCGGACGCAGCCCAGUGCCCCCCAGGGACAAACGGUCCCUGCCUCCUCCCCGGCCACAGUCCUGGCCUCCACCCCCACUCCUGCCCCCCAAGCUGCCACCAACUACACCCCUUCGAGCAACACCCACAUCACCCAGGCCCCCUCCCGGGUGCAGCACUCCACCACCCGGACCUUGCCUGCCCCCCCCUCCCCUCCACACAACCCCCAGUCCCCACCUCGCACCUCAUCCUCCCCGGCUUCAGUCAAUGACACCCGGGGUCCACGCACCACGGAAAUGCCUCGGAAAAGCAACCUGGAGUUGGAGCGGAAGCUGACCCACCGCAAGACUAGCAAGUUCCCCAACAACCCCCGAGAGUCGAAGCAGGUGGCCUGGGAUAGACUGGUGGGGGAGAUCGCCUUCCAGCUGGACCGCAGGAUCCUGUCCAGCAUCUUCCCCGAGCGCGUGCGCCUCUACGGCUUCACUGUCUCCAACAUUCCGGAGAAGAUCAUCCAGGCCUCCCUGAACCCCAGUGACCACAAGCUGGACGAGGAGCUGUGCCAGACACUCACUCAGCGCUACGUGAGCAUCAUGAACAGGCUGCAGAGCCUGGGCUACAAUGGGCGGCUGCACCCGGCGCUGACCGAGCAGCUGGUGAAUGCCUACGGCAUCCUGCGUGAGCGGCCCGAGCUGGCCGCGUCCGAGGGUUGCUCCUACACUGUGGACUUUCUGCAGCAAGUGGUGGUGGAGACCGUGCAUCCCAGUAUGCUCAGUGAUGCGCUGCUGCUGCUCUCGUGCCUCAACCAGCUGGCACACGACGAUGGCAAGCCCAUGUUCAUCUGGUGA